AGGUAACAAGUUUUUGUUGCUUGGUUACUCUGAUAUUCUGCAUUUUAUUGUCCUGUUUUCUUCAGCAUUCAACAAACCUUUCACGCUCUCCAUCUCCAUUCCCAUCCCCUUUUUUCAAUACCUAUUCCCUGUCAGUUCUUUGUUUUCUUUUUUGCAAGCAAUUGAACUCUUCAGAGGCAUACAGGUAAAGCAAGUUACUUUCUGGAGUAGUUAGAGUUACAUGUGUUUUGUGGGCAGAUGGCGACACAUGACAUGGAUCCUGAUGUUGUUCGCUGGGGUCUUCACCUUCUAGAUGUUUGCACGCUUUCCCAUCAUGGUUCGCCUAGUAUUCUUACCCAGUAUGAUCCUGAUUUUAGUCGAGUUGAAUAUGUCAGAGAAGGAUUCUGUCAGCAUGAGUAUGUGGAGAAUGACGAGGCUGUUGCACGAGCUUAUCAAGAAGAAUUAUCACAACUUGACUCCAUGGGAGCUUCUGGGACACCCAGUUAUCAGAAUGAGGGAAUGCAAGGAUCUGUCUAUACACAAGAUUGGCCUCAUUCUUCAAAUGGAAACUAUAAUUACGGAAACGAGUCUUGUCAGAACUCUGUAGAUGAGUCAUCGUACAAUAUGAAAGAUGUGGAGAAUUAUGGUCCAAGUGAAAGGGGAAAUGAUAUGCAUGACAUUCAUGUUUUUGGUUCCUCUGGGUCAGGAGAGGUAGCUGUUGCUAGAGAUGAUGUCUGGGAUUCAUUGGAAAUAUCAGACGAAUCUUCUCUUGAUGGCGAAGUUGGCAAAAGAUUAUACCAGAUGGUUCCCAUCCCCCAUAUUCCUAAAACCAAUGAAAAAAUACCAUCUGAUGACGAAGAGACAUCAGAUCAUCAAAGGCUUCUAGACAGAUUGCAGUUAUAUGAUCUGAUUGAGAAUAAGGUUCAAGGAGAUGGUAACUGCCAGGUUGGUUCUUUAUCCUUAUUAUUGGUAUGUAGUUCAAUUGCUGCAUUUGAAAAUGUAUCUCUUCCUGCUAUAGAAUUUGUAAGUUUAUUAUGAGAAAAGCGUAUUUAGACUUUGGUGCUGUAUCUUGUGAAAAUAGGGUUUGGCACCUCCCAAACUAUGCACCCUACUUAUGCCUUUUCAUUGCAUGGUAGUUAUGGAAAAGCCUGAACCUGCCUACUCCUAUGAUUCCUUCGAAAGCUUCUAACAUCUAUGUAUACCAAUAGCCUUAUCACAAUCUUUAAGAAGUAAUAGGCAAUCCAGAAUUUGAUGGAAUCCAGUGAAAAUGUGUCAAGAUUUGGAGGGGUUGUUGGAUAAAAACAUUGAUGGGAAUCACACUUGAUAAUAAUGGCAGCAACUCAUUCUGGAAAAAUAUUGGCUUAACUUUUUUGUUAUGUAAGUAGACAUGGGAGUAUUUCCAAAUUCCACCACCUCUAUUUAAAAUUUAAGUAAUAACCUAAGUUACCAGUGACAAAAUUAACUUGAUGUAUAGUUUGUGGUGCAUUUACUAGUGGCUUGAAUUAAAAGUGUUUUAGUUUCUUUAGAUUUUAAAUUGGUCCAUGAUUAUUUUAAAGUUCUGUACAUUAUUCAUAAAUAGGAUUAGAAAUAGACUAAUUUCUAUACUGGUGGAUCGCAUGGUUAGUUGAUUGUGUAAAACUUUUUCCAUACUGAAGUUAAUCAGUAUUAAAUCCUUUUUCCAUUGUUAUUAUGUAGGUUAUCACUCAUUUGUUUCAUCAUUUGUGUUGAUUUUGUCUGUCACUGCCAUUUAACAAUUUUGUUAUUUUGGUAGUGGAGUAUUUGUUGGAAUUUUUACAGUUAUAUAACCUAACAUUUUGAAUUUUCUAAAUAUAAUUUUUAUGAGCAUUACUACAUGUCAGUGAAUCAUUAAAUUUCAUUCUCAUUAGUCAUAACACUCUUUCAAUGGAAAAUGCACCUUAUUGGAG